AGCGCGCCAGCGACCGGUUAUGUGUUAUUGUUAACUUGCGCGCUUAACUGCAUAAUUUAAUUUGCCAUUGAAAUCUGAGCCGUAUCCGCGACCUGUUACGGUUGAGUCCAAAAUGUCAUCGUGUAAUAAGUGUGGUGAUAAUUUUAUUGGUGAUGGUGAUGUACCGUGCUCCUUUUGUGGAGGGUAUUAUCACUAUAGGUGUUCCGGAAUGCUAGAAAACACCUAUAAGAAGAUGACAGCAGAUAAAAAAUCCAAUUGGAGGUGCAUCCCAUGCCGUCAGUCGGAAAACAAUGACUCACUCUCUGAACUUGUGAAGGAGUUCAAAGGUUUUAAGGUGCAAAUGCAAAAAAUGCAGAGUGGGCUUGACCAAGCAAAUCAGGGAAUUGCCAAUCUCGAGGGAAAGUUCGACUUGAUUGAAAGUCGACUAGAGGAUUUCGAUGUGCGGCUUACCGUCACAGAGAGUAAAGUUGACCGCCUCCCAUCUAUUGAAGCCAAUUUAAAACAGCUGGAGGCUGAGUUUGCUACUUUAAAAGCCAACGAACGUGACAGAGACCAGUUUUGCCGGCUGAACAAUGUCGAAAUUAGUGGCGUUCCUCAAAAAGAUAACGAGAAUUUAAUGUCGAUCUUAAAUAAUAUAUGUUUGAAGGUAGGUUUUGGUCUGCUUGAAACUGAUGUCGACUCAAUACAUCGCGUUCGCCGUUUCCCGUUAUCCGUGGGUAGCGGAACCCGUGCGGACCCCAGGCCCCCGGCGAUCAUCGUGCGUUUCUGCCAGCGACGUCGCAAGGACGAGCUGGUGGCGGCUGCGCGCGCGCGCCGCGGCCUCACCAGCGCCGAUGCCGGUCUCCUGGGACCGGCGGUUCCCGUCUACGUGAACGAACAUCUUACGGCUGUAAACAAGAUCCUACUUAGGCAGGCCCGCGAUAGGAAAGCCGAGUUAAAUUUCAGUUACCUAUGGGUUAAGCAGUGCAAAAUACACAUGCGGAAGAGUGAUAGUUCCAAAGUUUAUGUCAUAACAAACGAAGCUGACUUAAAGAAAUUAAAAUGACUUUU